AUGCAUAUCAGUUCUCUCCUUGGCCUACUGGCCUUUGCGACCGCGGCUUCUGCCGCGCCGUAUACGGCCCCUAAGAUGGCAGCCAAGCGCUCCCAGACAGCGCACUCGGCAAGUUCCAUCAAGAAUUUGAAAAACAAUAUAAAGAAAGUUGUUGUACUGGAGAUGGAGAACCGCUCAGUCGAUAACUUACUCGGUGGUCAAACUAUUGAGGGCCUUGAUAAUCCUAUCAACAACGGUCCCUUCUGCAACCCAUACAAUCUGACCAACCCAGGUCAAGGAACAGUCUGCAGUCAAGCUGGGGAUCUGGAUUCCAUUCUAGAUGACCCCAAUCAUUCAGUCACCGGCAAUAAUAUUGAGUUUUACGGCACCUUCACACCGAACAAUGAUGAUAUCGCUAGCGGCACAUUAACCCCUGUGCAAAGUGGCUUUGUGUUCGAGCAGCUGCGCCAGUAUAGCGAUGCAAACAAGACCAGCCUUGCGCAGCAGGUCUUAAACUAUUACACUGAGGAUCAAGUACCAGUGAUGACGAUUCUGGUUCAAAACUAUCUCACAUUUAAUCACUGGCACUCAGAUCUACCUGGUCCCACUGCCCCAAACCGGGCAUAUGUACUCUCCGGAACUUCCGCCGGACACGGCUCCAACGAUGAUGCCUUUGACGCCGAUAAACACGGUCUCACUCAGCGCAGCAUCUUCCAACAGCUAACCGAAACCAACCGCACCUGGAAGAACUACAUCACCGACCCAGCAGAGCAAAUGGCAGAUGCCUUAUUCUUUGACUGGGUAUAUACAAGUGGCAACCAAGGACUCGCCGUGCCUCUAGAUGACUUCUACUCCGAUGCAGCAUCUGGCACGUUACCUGAUUUCAGCUUCAUCGAGCCUUCAUGUUGUGGAGUCGGCACGACAUCAAUGCACCCAACAGGUCUAAUCUCCGAUGGUGAAACACUUAUCAGAGAUGUCUAUACUGCACUGCGAACAGGUCCGCAUUGGAAUGAGACUUUGCUUCUCUUAACGUUUGAUGAAACAGGUGGUUUCCAUGACCACGUCCCACCUCCUCUAGCUCCCCGUCCGGAUGAUCUUACCUAUACCGAGACAGCUCCGAAUGGGCAGCAGUACACUUUCCCUUUUAAUCGACUUGGAGGUCGUGUGCCCACGCUUUUGAUCUCGCCGUGGGUAGAACAGGGUGUUGUGGAGCAACAGGGAACAAAUUCCAACGGCGAGACUGUUUCGUAUUCUGCUUCCUCUUUACUGAGAACUCUGGGGUAUCUAUGGGAUUUUGAGCCCUUCACGGCCCGUGUUAGUGGUGCGGCUUCAUUUGAUCACUUGAUUCAGAGCUCUAUGCGCACAGAUACGCCUGAUUCAUUGCCCGAGCCGUCGGCUUUUGCAAGGAUGAUCAAUGGUAAAACUACCCAGCAGCAAAUUCAAUAA